AUGGAAAGGAAUGACAUUAUCGACUUCGACGCUUUGGAGAAAGAGCUGCAGGCUGCACUCACUGCUGAUGAGAAGUACAAACGGGAGAAUGCUGCCAAGUUACGGGCAGUGGAACAGAGGGUGGCUUCCUAUGAGGAGUUCAGGGGUAUUGUCCUUGCAUCACAUCUGAAGCCACUGGAGCGGAAGGAUAAGAUGGGAGGAAAGAGAACUGUGCCCUGGAACUGUCACACUAUUCAGGGAAGGACCUUCCAGGAUGUGGCCACUGAAAUCUCCCUGGAGAAAACCCCCCUCCAGCCCGAGACCUCUGCUGACUUCUACCGUAAUUGGCGACGACACUUGCUAAGUGGGCCAGAGCGCUACCAGACUCUACUGCAGCUUGGGGGUCCAAAGCUGGGCCGCCUCUUCCAGACAGAUGUGGGGUUUGGACUUCUCGGGGAGCUCCUGGUGGCACUGGCUGAUCACGUGGGGCCGGCUGACCGGGCAGGGGUGCUGGGGAUCCUACGCAGCCUGGCGAGCACUGGGCGCUUCACACUGAACCUGAGCCUGCUGAGCCAGGCAGAGAGAGAGAGCUGCAAGGGCUUGUUUCAGAAGCUGCAAGCCAUGGGCGUCCCCAGAUCCAUGAAGGAGGGGCUCAGCUGGGAGGAGCAGGGUCUGGAGGAACAGUCUGGUGGGCUCCAGGAGGAGGAGAGGCUCCUGCAGGAGCUGCUGGAGCUGUACCAGGUUGACUGAUGGGACAAGCUACUCUCAGAGGUCCCGGUGGUCACUGGAGGCAGUUUUUUGGUUGUUGUCUUGGGGGUUCUGCAGGACCAUAAUAAGAAAUCCACACUUAGUUCCCUUCUCAACUUGGAAUUUUCAGAGCAAAAAUAGGAAUCAAAUCUUCCCCACUUC